AUGAUUUCAUGUGCUGUCCGGUGUCGAGUAUGUUCUGGUGUAGCCUCUCCUCAGUUCUGUGUUCAAACUAUGCAAUGUCAACCAGACGAGGAGUGUUUCACAGAAAGAGUUGUUGGUGACGAUGGCAAUAUUUUCUUCAAUUCCGGAUCACACAUGCCAAGUAAGAGAUCAUCAUUACAGUUAUGUGAUGGUUGUUGUCCAGAUGAUCUAUGUAAUACAUAUAUUUGUGAAUGGCCAGCAUCGUAUAACAGAUCUGAAUGUUAUGAAUGUGAUGGAAUUAAGAAUCCAAGUGAAUGUCGUAAAAAGGUUCUCUGUGAAGAAGAUGAGCUUUGUUAUACAGGUGAAUAUUAUUCACAGAACAACGAGCUGUUAUUUAGAGUUGGAUGCGAAACAAAAAAGCGUUGUGAAAUCUUAGAUAAUUUUGGUAAAAAGCGAGCGCCUGAGAUUCAAGUUUGUAAUGAAUGUUGUGUAAAAUCUGGCUGUAAUCGCCAUCUUUGCCCUAGACCUAAUGGAAGUAAACAUAUAUGA